AUGAACUCGUCACUUGCUAGCAUAACCUCUGAUGACGAUGCCAAAGUCGUCGUUCAGCGCCCCCUUCCUUCAAACGCGCGCAGAUAUACUCUGUUGUUGAUCUUCUGCAUUACGCAGUUUCUAUAUACACUCACCAACUCUGCAUUAUUCUCUGCUAUCCCUUCCCUCGUCCGGAAUUUCGGCUUCACCCAAAGCCAGUCGGUUUGGAUCAUUAGUGCAUACCAGUUAACUUUUGCAUCCUUUCUCCUUAUGAGCGGAAAAAUCAGCGAUAUCUACAGUCCUAAAUAUACCUUCAUAACCGGCAAAUUCAUCUUAGGGGUAAUCUCGAUCGGGAUCGGUUUCGCCUCAAAUGGUAUCUUAUUCCUCGCACUAAGAGCACUAAGUGGAAUUGCCGCAUCGCUCACCAUACCAUCAGCUCUAGCGCUGCUUGUCGGACUUUUCCCUGAGCCCAGGCACCAAGGUGCAGCUAUCGCCGCAUUUGGAGCUUGUGGGGCGGUUGGCAUUGUGCUGGGCCUAAUCUCUGGCGCUCUUUUAGUCGAAUAUGUUAGUUGGCACUGGAUAUUUUGGUUUGUGUCGGCGGUGAUAUUACCAACCACGCUCAUCUCUACGGUACUUAUACCUUCACAAACCAAAAAUAUGGCCCGAGAGAGUGGUUUCACUAAAUUGAAGAGACUUGAUAUCACUGGAAUAUCAAUUCUUACAGUUGCUGUUAUACUGUUUAUAUUCGCUGUGACAACAGCGUCCAUGAUAGGUUGGAGAUCAGCCACUGCACUAGUACCUUUGGCCUUCUCCAUCGCUAUGACUGGUUCAUUCUUUUGCUGGGAAGCCCUCCAGCCAAUCGAAUGUGCUGCUGUACCGCCUUCAACAUGGUUCAUUUCGAAUUUUUCUGUCUUGUUUGGAACAGCUCUCCUGCCAUAUUUCUGGUGGGCAAACAUAUUCACCACCUAUGUGUCCCUGUGGCAAGAUAUUUACGGAUGGAGCGCCUUAUCUUCCGCUGUCCACAUGCUUCCAAUAGGCAUCACUGCAUUUGUCUUCAGUUUUUCCAGUAGGGUGAAGGGGAUCGGCGCCAUGAAUGCCAAAUGGCUGAUACUUUGUGGAGCACUAAUGAUGAUGACGGCACUCGUGUUAUUUGCCUUCGCAAACGGACCUGACAAGUACUGGUCGUUGGUGUUCCCCGGCUUCAUCAUCGGUUCCGCUGGUGCAAUGUUAACCAACAUAUCCGCAAACAUCGCGAUAUUCCGAGCUACGCCACCCUCCAUGGCAGGCACCGUAGGCGCCAUAUUCAAUUGCGGCUUGCAACUUGGCUCCGCAGUUGGUUUGGCUGCCGUCGGCUCUAUCCAGACGAGCGUGCAGAAGGGAAAUGGGGGCCCUUCGAAUUAUGAAGGCCAGUCUGCUGGCUUUUGGUUUAUGCUCGCCUGCAUCUCUGUUGCUGCAAUGGCCGUUCUUGUCUUCUACCAGACCCACACGACCCGAGACCAUGUCGAAGGAACAGUUGGCUCUGAUGAGAAGGACGCAGAUUCUGAGAAAGGGGAUGAUGGUUCCUUAUCAUAA